AUGGAAACUGAGGUUUUCCCUACUCUGAUGGCUGGGGAGAGUGUCAUCAAUGAGUUUGGGGCUUUUGACAUCCCCAGUUUCAGGGCGGCUAUCUCUCGCCGAAUCGCUGCCGAGGCUGCUGGUCAAGUCCAGGAGAUGGAGCAGAGGCUGGAAGGUCUUGAGUCCAGCAGGAUGGCCGCUGAAGAAGCUCAACAAGCCAGGGAUGCUCACCUUUCUGCUGCCCAAGCUGCUGCUGAGGGCCAGGACCAGAAGCUGAAAGAACUGGAAGUUCGGCUGAAGGUUAAGGGAGAUGAGCUGACCCAGGCCAAGACCGAGACUUCCAAUGUCCAGCUAGAGCUUAACGAGCAAAAGACUUCUUCAUCUAAACUCUCAGAAGAAUUGGAGAAAUCUAAAAAAGAUUUGGAGGAGAGUCGAAAGAAGCUAGUUGAUGCUGAGGCCUUGCUCCAAGUCCGCCUCUAUACCCAAGAAGAAUAUGAAAUGGGUUACACAAAUGGGUUUAAGGUGGCUCGGAGGUUGGCUCUCCAUGCUGAGCCUUCGCUGGAUUGGGCUAAGUGCGCGCUUUGGGCUCAGGAUCUCGAGGAUCCACAUAUGUUGUAUGCUACUCCUGCUGAGCAUGAAAUCCUUCAGGCUGAACAAGCCGAGGAGGAAGCUGAGCGGCAGGAGUUGGAGGCUGAACAGCGAGCCGCUGAUGCUCAGGCAAGGGCCCAACCUGCCUCCUCUGCUGCUGGAACCGAGACUGCUCCGGGGCUUGACACUACUGACCAGCCUGAUCCUCCGGCUGAAGCAUAG